GCGGCGGAUGUCUCGUGGACGUUGGACGAGUCACACUUCCCAGACGACAUGCCAGUCACGACGGACCGCAAAGGAUUGUUUCAGCUGCGUCCCACGUGUGAGUACUUAAGCGCGACUUGGGAGGAGGAGACAUUCAGCGUACGCCGUACCACUUUCAAAGUUCUCCCCGCCGACACUAUCAUCGUCUACGGCGCACAGGGCGGCACGUUCGACGCGGCGAUAGUGGACAUGAAGAAGCCGCCGACAAUGGAUGCGGACACGCACUGGCUUGCCUGUUAC